AUGAAACCGGUCAGUCAGUUGUCUCGGCAGAAGGCAGAGAGAAUGUUCGUCUCGUGGGUUUUAGAAAAUUCCGCCGUUGAAAAGUCACAAACGGAGGAUACGCCAAAUGAUACAUUCGCAAAACUGUGAACGUGAGAACCACAUCUCGCCAUACCGAUAUAAUCAUGUCGCGGCAACGAAAACGCGCGUUCUUCCGGAUACUUCAAAUCAUCGUUUGUUUUGGAGUUGUCUUCUUGACACUGAAGUUAUCUCUCGUCGUUAUCGGCGACGAGAGCAGACCUCUUCCCAUCGACGACAAUCUGAGAAAGCUGAUGAUCGAGGUCGAAGCGGACAACACACGACGAUCGUUAAACGUUGAAAGAGUUUGUAAAAAGUAUAACUUGGGGUUUUAUAGAAAGCUCGCCGAUGACUCUCUAUUCAAGCAUCCACCUGCGCCGCAGUAUGCCGUCUUCUAUAUGGACAGAGUACACAACAUAUCGUACUGUCCGGUGUAUAAAGCCGGCACCACGACCUGGCUCUACAAUCUUUGUCUGUUAAUGAACGUGCCUGAGGAGACGCUGAACAGCGGUAAAGAGCAGCUGUCGACCAUCGCCAGGAGAGCAAUACCGGAACUUGAGUAUCCUAAAGCCGAUCAUGUUCUGACAACGAGCAGAAAGUUGUUGAUCGUGCGGCAUCCUUUUGAGAGGUUGUUAAGCGCCUAUCGUGAUAAAUUGGAAAACUCCAUCGCCGGACGGGAACACGGGACGCUUUACUUCUAUCGCAAAUUCGGGGUCAAGAUUGUGCAGAAGUAUCGUAAUGAAAAUUUCACGGAGCCACAGCCGAAUCAAGUGAUCCGACGCGAGGGUGUACCGCCGCCGGCUGGGGUGGAACCGACCUUCCGAGAGUUCGUCGAAUACAUGAUCGAGACUGACCUAGGCAGUUACGAAGACGAUCAUUGGAUGCCAUAUUAUCUCUUUUGCACGCCGUGCCUCGUCAAAUACGACAUCAUUGCGAAGGUGGAAUCGCUGUGGAGAGAUCAGGUGUAUGCGAUCAAUAAAUUAGGAUUGCAAGACAGAAUCAAGCCCAGAUGGAGACAUAGUAACAGUUACGCUAACGCCUCCAAGAUAUACUUCAGCCAGUUAAACAGAGAGAUGGUGCGAAGACUGUAUGAGAAGUUAAGGCUGGAUUUUGAACUGUUCGAUUAUUCACCUGACGUUUACUACGAAUACGCUACGUCUAUUGAUUAAUUAAAGUUGAUCGAGCAAACUUUGUGUCAACAGUCUAUUAAGCAUAAUUUUAUAAUAAUAUAAUAAUUAUCGUGUCUAGAACACUGAUGUAAACCAUCGAUGGCCCACAGAGCAGGCAUCUCAUUCGUGAGAUUUAAAAAAAACAAAAGAGAAAAGUACAUUAAGCCCGUACACGCGCACACGUAAUCCCGAUAAUUGAUGGAGCUUAAAUCACGUUACGUCACGCGACGAACUUUUGUCGACGACGAAAAUCGAUCGACCUACUUCUCACCAUACUUAAUGUAUCGGACCGGUGGUUUGUCCUAAAGUCAAGGGUCCUCAAGUGGAUACGUUAAUCGUCAAGGAUCGCGACAACCUGAAGCAGGGCAUUACCCUGCUAACACGCGGCAAGAAUGGUGCCAAAUGAAUCUCACGCAAAUUUCCACAAAGUCACAGCUAACUUGAAUUUUUUCAAAGAAUAACAUCACGAUUUUUUCUUAUUGUAAUAUAUAAUAUAUUGAGUUCUAUGAGCCCAACUGAAUUAACUAGAUCCGUUCAUAGUUUUAAAGAUCUCUUUCCUUUGUUAUUUGGGCGAAUCAACUUUUAUAUAUAAU